GGCAAAUGAGUUCCACUUACCGUUCAAUUCGAAUUGCUCCGCCAAACACGGAGUAUAAACGCAACCAGCACGAUUGACAGCAGCGUUGAAGAAAAAAUGUAAACAAUCCGCCCGUUGACUUUUCGCAAGAGGAGAGAGAAAAAAAACGCGAAAAAAUGGCGAUGUACACAAACCGUGUCGUUCGCUGCUCGAAAACAAAUCCAUUUUUCACAGUGUUGUCGCGUAAUUUCGGUAACAAUUCUAGUGCCCGCAAAUGGUACCAACAUCCAACCGUGCGGUACAUUUGUUUGGUGAGCGGUGGACUGCUCGCGUUCACCGCAGCGACCUACCGAAAUCGACCGAAGGUUUACGCGCUCCAGCUGCGAAAGGAUGAAAUUGCGGACAAGGCCAUUAAGCUUACAGCGCGCGAGCGGCGCUUCAUCAAGUUCGCCUCGGUCGAGUUCGAUGGGCAGAUCUACAUGACACCACAAGACUUUCUGGAGUCGGUCGUCGAACAGGAGCCCCGACCACGGCUCAAACGGAAGUCAUUAACGCACGCCGAGAUUCAGCAGCUGAAAGAUUACACGCCACCGUUGAAGCACGGUUCGUCGCAGCUUUUCCGCAGCCUUCGGGACAAAGGAAUAAUUUCGUACACCGAGUAUCUGUUUCUUCUAUCUGUGCUCACAAAACCUCACUCUGGCUUCCGCAUUGCCUUUAACAUGUUCGACACGGACGGAAAUCAACGCGUGGAUAAGGACGAAUUUCUUGUGAUUCGACAGCUGCUCGGAGGAUCGCUGAAGGAUCGUGAUCUAGACGAGGCCACUCGUCAAGCUCUCCUGCACCUUGUCUCGACCAGUGCGCAAGCGAGAUUUUUACUGAAAAAUGAUAACGAGCAAAAGUCACAAACGUCUGUCGCUGAACAGCGCAAACCAGGCACGAGGGAUGAUGGCAAUGUGGGGGAAAGAAAGCCACCAACACCGCCGCCGGUCAAGGGUGUAACGGCACGAUUAAUGGAAAAAAUUUUCAGCUUCGCUUGGAAGGGAAAGCGUGGCAUUGAAAGUAAGGAAGGCGAAGAGCCAGGAGAACAUGAUGACUACGUGGACGACGAGCAAGGUCUGCAGCGAAAGCACAAGGUCGAUACGACGCUCCAGAUACAUUUCUUCGGAAAGAAGGGUGACAAGGAUCUGCAGUACGAUGGGUUCUACAACUUCAUGAAGAACCUACAGACCGAGGUGCUCGAACUGGAGUUUUGUGAAUUUUCCAAGGGCCACGAACGCAUCUCCGAGGUGGACUUUGCGAAAAUCCUACUUCGCUACACCUAUCUUGAUACGGAUGAGUACGACAACUACCUGGACCGUCUGCUGGACAGAGAGGCCAAGGAGAAGGGCGUAUCGUUCGACGAGUUCCGACAGUUCUGCCAGUUCCUGAACAAUCUGGAUGACUUUUCGAUUGCGAUGCGCAUGUACACGCUCGCCGAUCAACCGAUUUCGAAAGAUGAGUUUUCCCGAGCGGUGAAAAUUUGCACCGGUUCCGAGCUGAACUCGCACCUGAUCGACACCGUGUUUGCCAUCUUCGACGAGGACGGCGAUGGGCUGCUCUCGUACAAGGAGUUCAUCGCCAUCAUGAAGGAUCGGGUGCACCGUGGAUUCAAAGUAAGUCACUACGAGCAUAUCGUCGAGGACUAUCUGGACGAUAUCGAGAAGGGUACGGUGUAUGCGGAUAACUUUCGGCAGCUGCUCAAGAUGCGUUCGCGGGCCUGCCGAAGGUUGCGCCGCUACCUGCUCUACUUUUACUAUCAUCCGGACCACGGACAAAGUGAUAGCACGAGACACUAUCGCUAGUGACUGGUCGUAGGGUUUAGCUAUUACACGUCCCCUUUUCCAAACUAUAACGCCCAUGGAUACUGGUGAGUUGUGUUGUGUAUAUAGCCGUAGCCAUGUUACAAGUUACAAUUUAAUAUGAGUUUCUCCGCUACUCAGUCCCCUGUCCAGACUUCCAUCAAAAGAUUAACCAAGGAUAUAUGUGUUAUGUGGCUUGUAAGUUAGAAUAGUACAUUAGUGCCUAUAGUACCUAUGCUUUGAUGGCUGUUUACUAGUGAAGUCAAAAUUGUCUCCAUGAUUUAUUACCCCUACUCCUCAUUUCUAUGUUUGUGUCGCAUAGAAGCAAUAUUUUAUGUUAAUAAACCCCAUUUUCAAAAUUUAUCUUUCACACCCCAACCCUAUGUGUCUGCCAUCUUAAUGUAUAUUUGUUUGUUAGUUUCUGUUCUGUUUUAACUUUAACUCGUUUCCUGUAACCUGUGUGGUGUUCUGUGUUUGUUAAUUCCUCAUUUGCGAAAGCUUACACUGUACAAAAUUACACACGAACACGAAUGAUCGAAUCGAUUCCACGCACAAUGCGAUCUCAUAUCACAAUGAUUGGUUGUUUCAUCACACAAUGUCAUUGCGUGGUCGUGUAUACACAACGCCGGGGGAAAUGUAAGUAAAGCUAAUGUACCAUAUGAAGACAGGUAAGUGAAAUGCUAUUUAGGUUUAAUAAUUAGAAAUAAAUGGGAAAUAACCUUUGUGGAAGUACAUGUAAUAUAAAAACAACGUGUAAAUACGUGUAUAAAAUAAAACGAAAAACAAAGUUAUGUAUAUAAUAGCAAAGGAUUACAAAAAAUGUUACAUUUUCUGUAUCAAUUUAGCGUUCCAAAAAUAAUGAUAUCAAUAUUUUUUCAUAUAUUUUUUUUCGUUUUAGUCAAACGUGAAAUCGGAAGGAUGGGAAGCAUUCAAGCAUUGUCUAAAGCAGGAAAUGAAACAAAACGUCUAAAAGAUCAGUCCACGCAAUAGCAACUCUCUCUCUAUCGCUUCGUUUCUAAUAAUCUACUAUAUCUACGAUGCCGGUUUUGCCCCCGUCCCAAGGCGAUCUAGUUAAAUUGUGUUUUUAAUCAAACUGUUAAGCAUUUUAAAGCUAUUUAUUUAGUUAGAGAAACGAAAAACAACUUACUGGCAAUUAUCGAUCCUUAACUUCAUCCUCUUCAAACGUUUCGGAACAAAUUGCUCUGUAGUGCCAUAGCUAGUUAACGUCACUGCUAUCCGAUCUCUAUCUGCCUUCCUUUUCGUUUAUUCUUCUUGCUGUAAAUUAGAUCAAACUAAACGAACAAAUUGUUUAGGAAAUUAUACGCACUUGUUACUUAGUAAAAAAAGAGAAGGAAUACAUUGUUAUGGCGACAUUUUAUCUAUUACUUGUUAUUCGUGUGGAGUUAACUUACGGCGAUUGUAAUUGUUUGUGAACAACUGUUUGUUUGUUAAUCUCUAUUUGCCUGCAUAUCAGUGCUUCAAAAGCAUAGGCCCUAAAUUGAAUCGAAAAGUAAGCUAGUUUGGUUUGUCCGUGUUUAAAACAUACUCUAUCAAUUUCUUGCCUUGCACAAUUUCUAACCUUGCCUAGCUAAUUUGGAGAUUGUCUGAAGCUUGACUGCAACACAGAAUAGAGUUCUAAGAAAACAAACGGUCAUCAAAAUACACCAAAAAGAAAUAAAACAAACUUUAAACUAUUUCAAAAAACUAUUUUAAAUCCUACCACAAUCGAAACAUGCAAAUUAUGAAAAGUAUUAGCUAACUCCUCCAUCUAAAGAAUUAUGAACUUGGACUUAUUUGGCAGAACUAAUAUUUCAUCGUUUCGUACGUUCGUGAUUGUGCGAUUCACACUAACGAAAAAAAACCAAAACUCCUUUCAUAAAGCUAUGAUUAUCGAUAAGUGCACAGUGUCCCGGGUCAUGUACGUUGUAAUGAACGAAAAUAUAAAAGAACGCAUGAUUGAA